ACUAGAGCAUAGCUGUUUUCAUCAAAUGUCAAACGCAGGGUACAAAAUUUAAAAGAUGCCAACAAAAAAAAAAAAAGAACAUAAAAGCAAAAUUAAUGGAAAGCAACAUAAAAAGGACAUUCAGUCUUUUAAAAAAGAUGUGGAAACUGAUAAUCAUAAAAUAUCUGUAGACGAACUAUUAGAGCGCUUAAAGACAGAUCCCCACAUGGGCUUAUCCCAUUUGGAGGCCAAAUUAAGAUUGGAAAUAAAUGGUCCUAACAUACUAACGCCACAGCCUCCAACUCCACAAUGGAUAGUUUUUCUAAAAACCAUGUUUGGAGGAUUUGCUAUACUACUUUGGUCAGGAUCUUUUCUUUGUUUCGUUGGAUAUCUUAUACAAUUAAAAACGCAGCACGAACCACCAAAGGACAAUCUUUAUCUUGGCAUUGCAUUGGCCGUUUUGGUAAUAGUCACUGGAUUAUAUACAUAUUUUCAGGUUCAUAAAUCCUCUUCCAUAAUGGACUCAUUUAAGAACCUUGUUCCGCAAUACGCUACAGUUAUACGAGAAGGGGAAAUAAACACGAUUAGUUCAAACGAAAUAGUAAAGGGAGAUAUUGUAGAAGUUAAAUUUGGUGAUAGGGUUCCAGCUGACAUUCGAAUAUUAGAAGCUCAUGGACUUAAAGUGGAUAACUCUUCCUUAACUGGAGAAUCCGAGCCUCAAGUGAGAUCUACAGAAUUUACACAUGAAAACCCAUUGGAAACAAGAAACUUGGCUUUUUUUUCUACAAACGUACUUGAAGGUACUUGCCGAGGUGUUGUCAUUGCUACUGGUGACAGCACAGUGAUGGGACGAAUAGCAAACUUAGCGGCAGGACUGGACGACGUACAAUCACCUAUUUCCAGGGAAAUACAACAUUUUAUUCAGGUUAUUACAAUAUUUGCAUUGGUACUAGGACUAUCUUUUUUUGCAAUAAGUUUAACACUAGGUUAUGAAUUUAUUGAUGCAGUUGUGUUUCUUAUUGGAAUUAUAGUUGCAAACGUCCCUGAGGGGUUACUAGUAACAGUAACUGUAUGUUUAACCCUUACUGCAAAACGCAUGGCUUCCAAAAAUUGUUUGGUUAAGAACUUAGAAGCUGUUGAGACUUUAGGAUCGACAUCAACAAUCUGUUCGGAUAAAACAGGAACCCUUACUCAAAAUCGAAUGACUGUUGCUCACUUAUGGUAUGAUCAAAAAAUUGUUGAAUCUGACACUACUGAAUCAUUCCGAGGAUCCCACUUUAAAAUGGAGGAUAAAUCAUUUUAUGCUCUUUUUAUGUGUGCCGCACUUUGCAAUUCAGCUGAGUUUAAAGGAGGUCAAGAUGAUAUUCCCGUAUUUAAAAAAGAUGUUAAUGGGAAUGCAUCAGAGGCUGCUCUUUUAAAAUUCACCGAAUCGGUUUUUGGAGGUAUCAGUGCUUUUCGUCAAAAGCAUUUGAAAUUGACCGAAAUUCCCUUUAAUUCAACAGAAAAGUAUCAAGUUUCUGUUCACGAAUUUAAUUCAAGCGAUGGAUACUUUAUACUUGAGAUGAAAGGGGCUCCAGAGAGAAUAUUGGAUCGCUGUACUAAGAUAAUAAUUCAAGGACAGUCUGUAGAACUUACGCCUGCAUUAAAAAUGGAAUUUGAAGAAGCUUAUUUAGAAAUGGGCGGAAUGGGUGAAAGAGUAUUAGGAUUUGCUGACCUCAUACUUCCCAUGACUGAAUAUCAAAUUUCUUACGAUUUUAGAGCAGAUCCUCCAAACUUUCCAUUAGAAAAUCUUCGUUUUCUUGGAUUAAUAUCGUUAAUAGACCCGCCACGAGUGGCAGUCCCAGACGCAGUUGCAAAGUGCCGUUCAGCAGGUGUACGUGUAAUUAUGGUAACCGGAGAUCACCCUAUUACUGCUAAAGCCAUAGCCCGUAGUGUGGGCAUUAUUACAACGCCUACUGCAGGGGACAUGGCCAAAGAACGUGGCGUUACAGUACUCGAAAUCGAUCCCCGACAAGCUACUUCUAUUGUGGUUCACGGUGGUGAGCUACGUGACAUGAAAGCAGAAGAAUUGGACGCUGUUAUAUACUAUCAUAAUGAAAUCGUUUUUGCCCGAACAUCUCCACAGCAGAAGCUUUUAAUCGUAGAAGCUUGUCAAAGACGUGGUGAAAUUGUUGCUGUAACUGGCGAUGGUGUUAAUGACUCCCCAGCAUUAAAGAGAGCUGAUAUUGGGGUUGCCAUGGGUAUUUCUGGAUCUGAUGUUUCUAAACAGGCGGCAGAUAUGAUUCUACUGGAUGACAAUUUUGCAUCAAUUGUUGUUGGUAUUGAAGAGGGGCGGAUUAUUUUCGAUAAUCUCAAAAAGUCCAUCGCAUAUACAUUAACUUCAAAUCUUCCGGAGAUAUUGCCGUUUUUAUUUUUUGUGUUAUUUGAUAUACCUUUAGCUCUAGGCACUAUAGCAAUUCUUUGCAUCGAUAUCGGCACUGAUAUGCUUCCGGCAAUAUCGCUAGCUUAUGAAAAAGCGGAAUCUGAUAUAAUGGCGCGUAUGCCAAGAGAUCCUUUUGAAGACCGUUUGGUAAAUAAAAAGUUAAUUCUAAUGGCUUACUUGCAAAUUGGAGUUAUACAAGCUGUUGCAGCUUUCUUUACUUUUUUUGCAAUAAUGGCAGAGCAUGGAUUUCCCCCGUCCAGACUUAAAGGAAUUCGAGAGAACUGGGACUCAAAGUAUGUGGAAGACCUUGAAGAUGGCUACGGACAAGAAUGGACCUACAGAGAACGUAAAGUUCUUGAAUAUAGAGCAAGUACCGGAUUUUUUGUGUCGAUUGUUGUGACACAGGUAUUUGACCUUUUAAUAUGCAAAACUCGUCGAAACUCAAUCCUGCAACAAGGUAUGAGCAAUCAUGUACUUAACUUCGCUUUGGUUCUUGAAAUCAUUAUUGCCUGUAUACUAUGCUAUGUUCCAGUAUUUGAAAAAACAUUAAGAAUGUAUUCCAUAAAAUUUAUUUGGUGGAUAUAUGCACUUCCUUUUGGGUUAUUAAUUUUUAUUUUUGAUGAGAGUCGCCGAUUUCUAAUAAGAAGAAACCCAGGCGGCUGGGUGGAGCAAGAGACUUAUUAUUAAUUAAUAUAAUCUAUCACUCCAGUUACACCAAUAAAUUUCCGCCGUCGCCAUUACGACUAAAGGAAAGUAUUUCGUAUGAGGCACUAAAUAAAUAAUAAGUAAUUAUC